AUGCUUUCAGAAGAUGAUACCAAAUUAACAUAUGGAUUUGCUGAUAAUGGUAUCGAUAAAGAGCCUAAUAGAAAAUUUGAUUUAAGGAAUGAUGAUGUUGGUUUAUCAGAAAAAGAGAAAGCCAUUAUUAAUAACCCGAAUGUUAAUACUGCUGAAGGCAAAUACUACACAGCAAUACUGUUAACGGUUAACGAGGAUUUAAUUAAUACGCAAAUCGAGUUGACAAACGAUGAUCUCUUAGAGGCUUUAAAAGACUUUGAAAGUGCAGCAGCUAGAAACAUUGCGGCGGGAAAUAACCGCCUUGUCGAAGACGUGGCUAAAGAAUUAGCUUGA